AUGAGUGAAGAGCAAUUCCCCGAGGUUCAAGGAGGCGGAUCGCUGAUUCUGGCCUGGCAGAUUAAGAACAAGAGGGUGCUGGUUGUGGGAGGCGGCGAGGUAUGUCGUGCUAUUCUGCGGAGGGGCGCCACUAACGGAUGGCCGUCCAAGGUUGCAGCAGGUCGAAUACUCAAUGUUCUCAACGCCGAUGCGAAAGUCACGGUAGUUUCACCUCGAGAUGGACUCAAUCCAGAAGUGGCAUAUCGAAUAGAAAAGGGACAGGUUGAUUAUGUUGAUCGUAAAUUCGAACCUUCGGAUCUAGACAAUGUGGAUAUGGUAUUGACGGCGGUCGACGACCCGGAAGCGUCUUCGCAGAUUUGGAAACUAUGCAAAGAGAGAAGGAUAGCGGCCAAUAUUGCGGAUGUUCCACCAGAAUGCGACUUUUACUUUGGCAGUGUACAUCGAGAUGGGCCAUUGCAGGUUAUGGUUAGCACCAACGGAAAAGGACCACGACUAGCGAAUAUUGUGAGAAGGUCGAUUGCUACCAACCUCCCAGACAAUGUGGGAGAGGCAAUUGAGAAGGUUGGGAAGUUACGGCAGAUGCUGAGAAAAAUCGCCCCUAAACCAGAGGAAGGACCCAAAAGAAUGGCAUGGUAAGGAGAGAUGUAGGGCCUUUUGAGGCCUCUCGCUGACCAGAUAUCCAGGAUGAUUAAAGUCAGCGACGCAUACAGCCUGGAGGAUUUAUGUGAAAUGAACGAGGAAGAUAUGGAGGCAUUGCUCCAAUUCUAUGCGCCUGACAAAGUUCCGCGGUUCGGCUGUUUGAAGGCCAUGAAGAAUGAAGCUUUUGAUGGCUCUUUCGAUGGGUCGUUCGGGUUCUUCGUUGGGUGGGGAUAGAGGAUACGAGCGUUGCAUUCCAUGAUUAAGCGCCGCUUCUUCAGUAAUGACUCCUUAAGCGCAUGCGCUGUCAGGU